AUGCCUCAAGAGCAAGACGCUGGGACCGCUAAUGCAGACGUUGCAAUCCUCACUUCUCAGGCAUAUGUCGACGAGAAGAAGGCUCGUGAAAGUGAAAGCUUUGAUGACGAGAAAGUCGACAUCGGGUCCGCCUCUGAGCUGGAAAAAGGGCAUGCCUUCAACGACGAUGAUAUCGUUGAACUGAAGGGCGAUGACGAGGAUCCUGCUUACGCGCCGCUUCCCCGGAUAGUGCGCGAACUAUGCACUUUCGAAGAUGACCCGACAAUCCCAGUCUUGACCUGGCGGUUGGUAGUCGUCCAUCCGUAUAAUCGCCCGACUCACUUCUUCACUCCCAGCUUCUUCGUUCUCUCUGGCGUUUUCACGGCCCUCGGUGCUUGGCUGACACAAAUGGGUAUGCAUUAUCGUCUUUCGAUGUUUCCGCACUAUUCAUCACGUGGGGCAGGAUUCUUUCGGGCUCGUGUUUUUUCCUGCUACAUUAACGCGGUUUUAACUCUGAUGCUAGACCACCUACGUCCCAUAUUCGAUCUGACGCAUACCCGCUCAGUUUACUUCGUCCAGAUUGCCAGUUUGUAUAUUGGGAAGCUGAUGGCGAGCAGCCUUCCUUCUGCGCGCAUUGGUUUUGGAAAGUACACUUUCGAACUGGUGUGUGGUAGAAAUCUACUGCGACCUCAACUCACUGGGGUUAUAGAACCCUGGACCAUUCUCUAUCAAGGAACAUGUUGCCAUCGUUUUAGCUCUUCUAGUGCUAAUACCGGGGCAACCAAUAACCUAGGUGACUAUGUCCUUGCUCCACUUGCGGUAUUCUACAAGCAACCUAUGAACGGCUGGCUUGCAAUUCUGUUCAUGUGGAGCGCUGUGUUCAUCGGUUUUUCACUUGCAACUCUCGCCCGGAGCUUCCUUGUCACGAACCCGACCACACUAUUCCCGUUAACGCUUCAGCAAGUCUCCGUCUGUAUGUUGCACUUUGCCCGCUUCCUCGUCGGAGAUAGCUUACUUGGAAACCUCCCAGUCAACGCCAUGCGCGCGAAUUUCGAGAAUGACAGUCGCACGGCACGGAAGCAGAUGAGAGUCUUUUGGUUCGGGAUCCUGAUAUUUUUCUUGUGGGAAUUUCUUCCUGAAUAUAUUUUCCCGUUCACCUCCUCGCUCGCAUUUCUCUGUUGGGUCACAGACAACCCGACUGCCAAUUUCCUGGGCUCGGGACUGGGUGGCGCUGGCCUGCUGAAUUUCACACUUGACUGUCAAUGUCUUCCAUUUGUUCUCGGUGCAUGGAUUCUUGUUCCGAUUGGUGCUUUGGGCGGGGCAUGGCAAAAUGACCUGUACCCGAUGCAAAGCCAAACACUUUAUCUUACCAACGGCUCUCGCUAUCCGACCGCAGAGCUCAUGAACGAGGACUACACUCUCAAUGAAGCGCUCUAUGAACUCGUUGGGGCACCGAAGAUGUCUGCGCAGCUGCGAUGGGCGUAUUUCUUUAGUUAUACCGCCUAUCUAGGUGCAUUCGUCUCCUUGUGCCUCUUCCAGGGUCCUCUACUUUGGCGAACUUACAAGAGUGUCCGUACUGGCCAGCGCAUCUACCACGAUAAGCUCAACCAACUCAUGGAGCCCUACGCUACUGUUCCCGUUUGGUGGAAUAUUGCCCUUUUCGUCGUACCCGCAGCUGUCAUCAUCGUGUUGGGUGCGACAGGCAAGCUUUACCUCCCGAUCUACACUAUCUUCGUGGCAUUUGGCUUUGGCGCUCUGAUUGUUGUACCGAUGGCUUACAUCUAUGCGGUGUCGGGGUAUCAGGUUCCGGUUGGAUAUUUCAACGAACUUCUGUAUGGCUAUCUUAUCAAUGCCGGCGGAUCAAGACACCCUGUCGGAUCAUUGGCUUACAGGACUAUCAGUGGCCAAUGUUGGUAUGAAGCUUGCAGUAUGCUGUCGGAUAUGAAACUCGGACACUAUUUCCACAUUCCCCCUCGAGCGACCCUUUUCGCACAAGUAUGGGGAAUUCUUAUCGGUGUUCCCGUCAAUUAUGCAACAAUUCUCUGGGUCGUCAAUACGAAGGGGAGCUUCCUCGAUGGCUCCGAAACUGACCCCAAUAACCAAUGGACGGGCCAAACUGUGAUAUCGUUGAACAACCAAGGCAUCGCGUUUGCGCUUGUUCAGAAACUAUUUGACGAUCCAAUGUACACCAUCCUGCCCUAUGGCUUCCUGCUCGGCGCGGGCAUUCCAGUCAUCCUCUACCUCCUGCAUCGUAAGUGGCCUCGCGCGCACUUUGACAAAUGGAACGUACCGGUGCGUUUCAACUCCAAACUUAUUUCGCUUAUUCUUACCUUUCCUAGAUUUUUGCGACCACGAUGGAGAACUUUUGUUUAUGGCUUCAUCUCGAACUACGUUUUGACUUGGUUCAUCCUUGGGUCCAUCAAUCACCUGUACUUCAAGAAAUACAAAUAUAGGUUCUGGAAGACCUACGCGUACAUUGCGGGGGCUGCAGCAGACACGGGGUUCAACCUGAACAUGCUCAUCUUGUUCAUUGCCUUUUCUGCGAUCAAAGUCACUGUUGCACCACAUUGGUGGGGAAACAAUGCCAACUCGGUGGAGCGGUGCUUCCCCAAGAAUGGAGGAAUUUAG